GUGGGAAGCCACGCGCUUGUGUGGUGAAGGGUUAAGAAAUGAAAUAGACAGCUUCUGACUUCCCCCAUCUCUUGACUCACAAGUCACCGCAGAAUCCCCCUCUUCCAGCAGACCGGCAGCUGCCUGGGUGCGACGUUGAAACAACCCGACAAGCGGCAGGGCAUCCUUUUUUUUUUCCAUCUGAUCAUCAUCGCUGCCCUACUGCUCUGAGAUGUACUGAUUCAGUUCUAUGGCGAUUCAGUCGAGUACUUGAGUUCAAAAUGGUACGGUGGUCAUUUGAACAGGAGAGGUUUAUUCAUAGUUGCGUUGCCCAUGGGAGUUCACAUGACAUCAAAAUCCCCACCUCACUCCUUUUUGCCUCUGUGUCCCAGUAACAACAUUGAAAUUCUCUGGCAAAGUAGGACGCCACACAACCACUGAUGGCAAUGGGCUUCCUUCCCAUCCACAGAAUCAUCUCACUGGUUUUCUGUUCAGCCAGCUUGUUCACGUCCGGUGCAACAGAAAAUCGCCUUCUUCCCAGCAAGCCUCUUACUGUCGGAAGCACACUCGUCUCUGAUGAUGGCACUUUUGCCCUGGGCUUCUUCUCCCCGUCCAACUCAACCAGAAACCGCUACUAUGUUGGCAUAUGGUACAACAGCAUCCCCAAGGACAACAUCGUGUGGGUUGCCAAUCGUGCUACGCCGAUCACCGAUCCUUCGUCUGCGACACUUGCCCUGACAGGCGGAUCCAACCUUGUUCUGUCCAAUACUGACGGCCAGCUGCUUUGGAUGGCAAACGUCAGUGCUCCAGGAAACUUGUCAUCGUCAGAGAACAUAAGUGGAGAAGCCACGCUUGACAACACUGGAAAUUUUAUCCUUCGGACAUCAGAGGGUGCCGUCCUAUGGCAAAGCUUUGAUUACCCAACCGACACUCUUCUCCCUGGCAUGAACCUUAGAGUAACCCACAAUAGACAUGCACUACAAUGGCUGAUUUCUUGGAAGGACCCCCAGGAUCCAUCCUCCAGUAGCUUCUCCUACGGCGCAGAUCCUGAUCAGUUUCUGCAGCGCAUCAUCUGGAACGGCUCAAGGCCAUACCGGCGAAGUCCGGUAUGGAGGAACUACUUGGUAGUUGGGUCAUAUAUGGAGAGUGUCAAGUCCACUAUCUACAUGACAAUAAGCCGAAUUGAGGAUGAGAUCUAUAUCUCCUUUGGCAUUCCAGGUGUCUCCUCAACUGUAAAGAUCAAAAUGGACUACUCAGGGAAGAUAAAGAUCCAAGUCUGGAACAGCAGCAUGUUGGAGUGGAAUGUCCUGCAGGCAGAGCCUGUCCAUGACUGCAAUACAUAUGGAUACUGUGGCGCAUUUGGUUACUGUGAUAACACAGAGCUUAUUCCUACAUGCAAGUGUUUCGAUGGUUUCGAGCCACUAAGCAAGAAAGACGGGGGUGAUGGUAGGUUUUGGGAAGGAUGCCGCCGCAAGGAGACAAUAAUAUGUGGUCGAGAAAAUAGGUUCUUAACCUUGACGGACAUGAAAAUUCCGGACAAAUUCGUGUAUGUCAAGAAUAGAAGUUUUGACGAAUGCUCAGCAGAAUGCACUAGCAACUGCUCCUGCACAGCAUAUGCUUAUGCCAAUAUGGGCACCACGGCUAUCAAUGGGGAUGACACAAGAUGCCUAUUAUGGAUGGGAGAUUUGAUCGACACAGAGAAAAGCGUUGAAAUUGGAGAAAAUCUAUACAUUCGAGUUAACAGAUUAAGUGAUAAAAGGAGGAGUAAUAUACUGAAAAUUACUCUGCCAGUUGUAUCAAGUUUGCUCAUACUCAUAUGCAUGUGGCUUGUUUGGAUCUACAACUGCCAAGCCAAACAAAGGAACAAGAAAAUCUGGAAGAAGAUGAUAUCUGAAGCUUUGAGCACUUCUGAUGAACUUGUGGAUGGAAAGUUUCCCUUUAUUAGCUUCCGAGAAAUUGUACUAGCAACAAACAAUUUUUCUAGCUCCAACAUGCUUGGGCAUGGAGGUUUCGGCAAUGUUUAUAAGGGAACAUUAGAGUGUGGUAAACCAAUUGCUGUGAAAAGGCUUAGUAAGGGUUCUGGCCAGGGGAUAUUGGAGUUCAGAAAUGAAGCAAUUCUCAUUGCAAAGUUGCAACACAGAAACCUAGUUAAAUUUCUUGGUUUCUGCAUACAUGGAGAUGAGAAAAUAUUAAUAUAUGAAUACUUGCCAAACAAAAGUUUGGAUGCCUUCCUUUUUAAUUCCACAAGGAAACCAUUACUUCAUUGGUCAAUAAGAUUUAAUAUAAUCAUAGGGAUAGCUAGAGGACUUCUUUAUCUUCAUCAAGAUUCAAGACUGAAGAUAAUCCACAGGGAUCUCAAAGCAAACAACAUAUUAUUGGAUGAUGAAAUGAGCCCCAAGAUAUCUGAUUUUGGUAUGGCAAGAAUAUUUGAUGGUACCCAGCAACAAGGAAACACCAACCGUGUUGUCGGCACAUAUGGUUACAUGUCGCCUGAAUAUGCUUUGGAAGGUGUGUUUUCUGUCAAGUCUGAUGUGUAUGGAUUUGGAGUUUUAGUUCUAGAGAUUGUGAGUGGAUCAAAGAUCACCUCUAUGCACAUAACAGAAGAUUUCCCCAACCUUAUAGCCUACGCAUGGAGCUUAUGGAAGGAUGGGAACACAAAAGAUUUUGUUGACUCAUCAAUUGUGGAGACCUGUUCGCUUGAUGAGACUUCGCGGUGUAUCCAUAUAGGGCUCUUGUGUGUUCAGGACAACCCAAAUGCUCGGCCACUCACGUCAUCAAUUGUGUCAAAUCUGGAGAAUGGAGAUACAUCACUUCCACAUCCAAAGCAGCCAAUAUACUUUGCAGAAAGGAACUAUGGAACUCAUGAGGCAGCAGAAGAAGCUAUUGUGAGUUCUGCAAAUACUAUGAGUAUUACAGCGUUGGAGGGACGCUAGAAGUUUAAUACCUGUAGAUACCGAUUAGUGUGCUUAUUUGUUUAAAUUUAGGCAAAGCAUUUGUUCUUGAAUAGCUUUCAUAUCAAAUGGGACAAGACUAAAUAUUCUCUUCUAAAGAAACCUCACCACAAAGAAUUCCGAACGUUUUAAGUGAAAUAAGAGAAGGUAAAAUAUAUGUCAUGCUUAAAGUAGGUAA